ACAAGAAAAAUAAAUUCAUACGUUUUUGUGUAAACUGAGAAUUCUUACUUAUCGUACGUAUGCAUAAUGAUCAAAAUGGUAUUGGUAUUGCCGUAUGUGUUCGUGGUUCUAACUAUUAUUUCAGUGGAUCUUAGGAUCACUCAAGCCACAUCUCGUGUCACUUUUCACGAGUCGUCCAUUGCUGAUUACCACCAACAAUGGAUGAUCCAGUUCUCUCGAGUUUAUAGCAGCGAAUCCGAGAAACAGACGAGGCUUAAAGUGUUCAAGAAAAACUUGGAGUUCAUUGAGAACUUCAAUGCUAAGGCGGAUCAAAGCUACAAACUUGGUGUCAACGAGUUCACUGAUUGGACAGAAGAGGAGUUCCUAGCCACCCACACCGGUCUCAGUGGCAUUAACGUAACUUCACCAUCCAAAGGGGUUAACGAAACAAUGUCUUGGAACGUUAGUAAUCUUGUCAGCGAUAGCAAAGACUGGAGAAUGGAAGGAGCUGUAACACCUGUCAAAGUGCAAGGAGAAUGUGGUGGUUGUUGGGCGUUCUCAGCGGUUGCAGCGGUAGAAGGUCUGACAAAGAUUGCCCGAGGAAAUCUCGUAUCACUGUCCGAACAGCAACUUUUAGAUUGUGCCAGACCGGAUAACAAUGGCUGUAAAGGCGGAACAAUGCAAAACGCUUUCAAUUAUAUAGUAUCAAACCGAGGCAUUUCUUCAGAAGACGCAUACCCUUACAAAGUGAAAGACGGGAGUUGCGGGUCUAACGCCAAACCCGCCAUGCAGAUCACAGGGUUCAAAGACGUUCCACAAAACAAUGAGCGUGCGUUGCUCGAGGCAGUAUCAAGACAGCCCGUCUCUGUGGGAAUUGCUGGGAGGGGGGACAGUUUCAUCCAUUACUCAAGCGGAGUGUACAAUGCGCCUGACUGUGGUACCACCGUGACACAUGCGGUGACUAUUGUUGGGUACGGGGCGAGCCCUGAAGGGAUCAAGUAUUGGCUGGCUAAGAACUCUUGGGGUGAGACUUGGGGAGAGAAAGGUUACAUUAGACUCCGUAGAGAUGUGGAGUGGCCUCAAGGCAUGUGUGGUGUAGCUCAGUAUGCUUCUUAUCCGGUUGCUUGA